AAGCGCGUACGCGCAGGCUUAUUCCGCCCGGGGUUUGGCAAUUCAGAGCCGCGCGCGUAGCUGUGUCGAUUUGAAAUGCAGCGGGAUUUAGGGAGCUUCCCAUUGUCCCCAGCGGUGCGGGUGAAACUGGUCUCUGCAGGUUUCCAGACUGCUGAAGAACUCCUGGAGGUGAAACCCUCCGAGCUGAGUAAAGAAAUCAGGAUAUCUAAAGAAGAAGCUUUAGAAACACUGCAAAUUAUAAGAAGAGACUGUCUCACAAAUAUACCAAGAUAUGCUGGUACAUCUGAAUCAGGAAAGAAGUGUACAGCACUGGAACUUCUUGAGCAGGAGCAUACCCAGGGCUUCAUAAUUACCUUCUGUUCAGCACUAGAUAAUAUUCUUGGGGGUGGAAUACCCUUAACCAAAACAACAGAAAUUUGUGGUGCGCCAGGUGUUGGAAAAACACAACUAUGUAUGCAGUUGGCAGUAGAUGUGCAGAUACCAGAAUGUUUUGGAGGAGUGGCAGGUGAAGCUGUUUUUAUUGAUACAGAGGGAAGUUUUAUGAUUGAUAGAGUGGUAGAUCUUGCUACUGCCUGCAUUCAGCACCUUCACCUUAUAACAGGAACACACAUGGAAGAGGAGCACCAAAAAGCUUUGGAGGAUUUCACUCUUGAAAAUAUUCUUUCCCAUAUUUACUAUUUUCGUUGUCGUGACUGCACAGAGCUCCUGGCACAAGUUUAUCUUCUUCCAGACUUCCUGUCAGAACACUCAAAGGUUCGUUUAGUGAUAGUGGACGGUAUCGCCUUUCCUUUUCGUCAUGACCUAGAUGACCUAUCCCUCCGUACGCGAUUACUAAAUGGCCUUGCCCAGCAAAUGAUCAGCCUGGCAAAUAAUCACAGAUUAGCUGUAAUUUUAACCAAUCAAAUGACAACAAAGAUUGAUAAAAAUCAAGCCUCACUGAUUCCUGCUUUAGGGGAAAGUUGGGGACAUGCUGCUACAAUACGGAUAAUCUUUCACUGGGACCAAAAGCAGAGCAGGUUGGCAACAUUGUGCAAAUCACCAAGCCAGAAGGAAUCUACAGUACUGUUUCAAAUCACACCUCAGGGAUUUAGAGAUGCUCCUGUUGCUACUGCAUGUUCAUUAUCAAUGGAAGCUUCACUGAAUUCCCGGAAACGGUCACGAGAAUCAGAGAAAGACGCACCAGAAUCCGAAGACUAGUCUCAAAGUAUAACAAAUGUAUUGAGGCUGGGAGAUUCAGUGUGUACAAGUGAUAGACUCGUUACUUUAAAAUAUAAACAUACUCAAUGACAUGAAUGAGUCAGGAAUAUACUGAAGCGAAUGGGAGAAAAUUAAGGAAUAUGAGUCUCUGAGAAAGUUCUUCUAAAACAGUGUUCUACAAUUAUAUUUUGUCCUGUUUUCAUUUUCAGUAACAUUCAGUAGAGAUGAUGCAGGCAUUGUAUUUCACAAAUGUGGAAAUCUGAUCUUAUGUGACCUAUCUGAAUUUAUCAUUCAGGAUUUUUUUUCCUCUUUCUUUGCCAGUUGUCUGGAAAAUCCUAGGAAGAAAAGUUUUUUUUUCAUAUUCUAAUUGUGUUCACCUCUAUAAAUGAAGCUUUGAUAUUCCUUUAAAAUGACAGGUUUUUAAACCUUUUAAAGAGAAGCCAAGACCAUGAGUCAGCAUAUCAUUACAUUUAUAUGAAUAUAUAAAUUGGUUUGGCCAUCUAAAAUUGUUUCAGUGGAAUAUUUUUGAUGUUUCUUUUCCUACUAUGCUCUUAGAGGAUAAAAUAAUAGAAUUAUAGUAAAAAAAAAAACAAAAAAAACCCUGAAUUUAAACUGUAAAAUCAGUCAUCUGAACUAAUUAAUUAAGGUUUGUGUAUGUAUUUUCUUUUUCUAAGCAAGUUGUACAAAUCACCAAGCCAGAAGGAAUCCAUAGUACUGUUUCAAAUCACAGUCAGUAUUAUUUAAUUAGAGUGGGAUUUAGAUGACCAAACAAUUUUAGGUGACAGAACCGAUUUUAGUGACCCUAAUCCUAAAAUCUAAGCCAUUUGUUUAAUUUUCAGUUAUUUUAUAAUGUUAAAGGAAGGACUUUGAAGCUGUUAUUUCAUCUAGAAAUUGUUUAGAACAUAUAUCUUCCAGAAUAGUCAGGUUGAUAAGCUCACAGUUGUUUAUUUCUGCAUUUUUAAAGGCUGAAAUGAUCCAUUCUAGAAUUCUAGGUGUAUUGACUUUUUUUUUUAAUUAUCUUAACCCAAUUCGAAUAAAUUAAAAUUUUGGAUUCUUGAAUGGUUUCAGAAUCAUCUAAAAACGUUUUAGCACUCGGUUCCUCUUAAUACUUCUCAAUUCAUUUACAAUAUUGGUUCCCAGUGGACAGAAAUUUAAAUAAUUGAAUAUUUCAUACUGUGACAACCAAAUUUUCCAGAUAUUAUUGAUGGGUGAUAUUUCCUGUCCCAGGCUGUACGUCAAAUUUAUAAAAUUUAUUCAAUGUAACUAUCCUGCAGUUGAUUGUAUAUAGAAUAACCAUUGUUUACCAGGACUUUUUUUUAAAGUGAAAGGGGUCACACACUAACAAUUACGUCAGGACUAUAAGCAUAAACUUGAGGUUGUCACAGGCGGAUCAGGCAUAUGGUCACAGUGACUAUAUACGACUAAUUUCAAAUCACUAAUGUAGGAUGACUGAUUUUGUAACUAUCUUACUUUUGAAGGCUCUAAAACUUUUUUUUUUUAAAUCGGUGUGAAAAUAUAUACAACAAAACAUUCCCAAUUCAAUAAUUUUUAUAUGUAUACUUCAGUGACAUUAUGUUCAUCAUGUUGUUUGACCAUUACCACUGUCCUUUUCAAAAUCAUUCCACCACCAUUAACAAAAACUCAGUGCGUCCUAAGGAAUUAUUCCCGCUUUCCCCUUUCUCCCACAACUGUAACCACUAAUAAACUUGUUCUCUAUACAUUAACAUAUUUCAUAUAAUUGGGAUCAUACCGUAUUUGUCCUUUUGUGACUGACAUUUCACUCAGCACAAUGCUUUCAAGGUUUACCCAUGUUGUAGCAUAUAUCAGGACUUCUUUUCUCUUAACGGCUGAGUAAUAUUCAUGUACAUUUAUAUUCACGUACACACAAACCCACACACAUAUAUAUACCGCAUUUUGAACACUAAUGAUCAAAAGCCAGACGAGUUGUGGAAUGACAUCAAGGAUAUCAUACGUGAAGAAAGCAAGAGGUCGUUAAAAAGACAGGAAAGAAAGAAAAGACCAAAAUGGUUGUCAGAAGACACUCUGAAACUUGCUAUUGAACGUCGAGUAGCUAAAGCCAAAGGAAGAAAUGAUGAAGUAAAAGAGCGCAGCAGAAGAUUUCAAAGGGCGGCUUGAGGAUACAAAGGAAAGUAUUACAAUAACACGUGCAAAGAGCUGCAGGUAGAAAACCAAAAGGGAAGAACACGCUAGGCAUUUCUCAAGCUGAAAGAACUGAACAAAAUAUUCAAGCCUUAAGUUGCAGUAUUGAAGGAUUCUACAGGGAAAAUAUUUAACGACGCAGGAAGCAUCAAAAGAAGAUGGAGGGAAUACACAGAGUAACCGAACCAAAAUGAUUGAUGUUCAACCAUUUCAGAAGGUUGCAUAUAAUCAGGAACCGGUGGUACAGAGGGAAGAAGUCCAAGCUGCACUGAGGGCACUGGCAAAAAACAAGGUUCCAGGAAUUGAUGGGACACCAAUUGAGAUGUUUCAACAAACAGAUGAUGCACUGGAAGUGCUCACUUGUCUAUGCCAAGAAAUUUGGAAGACAGCUACCUGGCCAAUCAACUGGAAGAGAUCCAUAUUUGUGCCCACUCCAAAGAAAGAUGAUCCAGCAGAAUGUGGAAAUUAUUGAACAAUAUCAUUAAUGUCACACGUAAGUAAAAUUUUGCCAAAGAUCAUUCAAAGGCAGUUGGAGCAGUACAUCGACAGGGAACUGCCAGAAAUUCAAGACAGGUUCAGAAGAGGACGUGGAACCAGGGAUAUCAUUGCUGAUGUCAGAUGGAUCUUGGCUGAAAAUGGAGAAUGCCAGGAAGAUGCUUACCUGUGUUUUGUUGAGUACGCAAAGGCAUUUGACUGUGUGGAUCAUAACAAAUUAUGGAUAACAUUGUGAGGAAUGGGAAUUCCCAGAACCCUUAAUCGUGCUCAUGAAGAACCUGUACAUAGACCAAGAGGCAGUUGUUCAGACAGAGCAAGGGGAUACUGCGUGGUUUAAAGUCAGGAAAGGUGUGCGUCAGGGUUGUAUCCUUUAACCAUACCUAUUCAAUCUGUGUUCUGAGCAAGUAAUCCGAGAAGCUGGACUAUAUGAAGAAGAAUGGGUCAUCAGGAUUGGAGGAAGACUCAUUAACAACCUGUGUUAUGCAAAUGACACAGCCUUGCUUGCUGAAAGUGAAGAGAACUUGAAGCACUUGCUAAUGAAGAUCAAAGACCACAGCCUUCAGUAUGAAUUGAUUACACCUCAACAUAAAACAAAAUCCUCACACCUGGACCAAUAAACAACAUCAUGAUAAACAGAGAAAAGAUUGAAGUUGUCAAGGAUUUCAUUUUACUUGGCUCCACAAUCAACAGCCAUGGAAGCAGCAGUCAACAAAUCAAAAGACACAUUGCAUUGGGCAAAUCUGCUGCAAAGGACCUCUUUAAAGUGUUGAAAAGCAAAGAUGUCACCUUGAAGACUAAGGUACGCCUGACCCAAGCCAUGGUACUUUCAGAUGCAUCAUAUCAUGCGAAAGCUGGACAAUGAAUAAGGAAGACCAGAGAGGAAUUGGUGCCUUUGAAUUGUGAUGUUGGUGAAGAAUAUCGAAUAUACCAUGGACUACCAAAAGAAUGAACAAAUCUGUCUUAGAAGUAGUACAACCAGAAUGCUCCUUAGAAGCAAGGAUGGAGAGACUGCAUCUUACAUACUUUGGACAUGUCAGGAAGCAUCAGUCCCUGGAGGAGGACAUCAUGCUUGAGAAAGUAGAGGUUGGUGCAAAAGAGGAAGACCCUUGAUGAGAUGCAUUGACACAGUGGCUACAAUGGGCCUAAACCAUGACAAUGAUUUUGAGGAUGGUGCAGGACCAGGCAGUGUUUCAUCUUUUGUACAUAAGGUCGCUAUGAGUUGGAAGUGACUAUGGCACUUAACAAUUUAAUCACAUCUGCAAAGUUCCUUUUGCCAUGUGAGGUAACAUAGGUUUCAGGGAUUAGGAUGUGGCUAUCUUUGGGGGCCAUUAUUCAGCCCCUUAAAUCAUGUUUCAAGAAAUAUGAGCCUUGAGUGAUUCGUAUGUGCAUUGAGGUUUGAAAAGCACUGUGGCAAUCAUAGAUGGUUAUUCCCAUUUAUAAGACUGAAGAAAGGACAUUUUAUUCCUCAGGACUUUGAAAGUUGUAUUUUUCAAGGAAUAUCCUUUCUUACUCAAAGUAUAUAUAAAUCCCCCUCCGCCCCCCAGCUUUUUCUUUUGCUUGGUUUUAACUCAUGAUGUGGUAGUUCAUCUUCCGUCCCACAAUUCGUGUGGGCUUGCCACAUAAUGCCGGAUCAGUAAAUUGGUUGAAAUCUUAACUCCUGGCAGACCAGUGAUUGCAUCCAUUUUUCAUCUUAUGGUUAGAUACCUUGGUGAGUCCAAAAAAUGCGUAUUGGCUUUUAUACUCCUCAUGCCAUUGCUAUGAUCUUCCUUUUUGGUAAUUAGCUUACACACAAAAAUACAUUUGCACACCAAAAAACUUUUGCAGCAUUUUGUUUUUUUAAUGUCAUUUCCAUAUUUCACAAUUCUUUUGACCACAGUUAAUAUAAUAGAGACCAUUAAGGUAGUAAUUUAAAAAGUACUUAUUCUGGGAAAAAUAAACAACAAUAGCAAUUCAAAGUUUGUUGUACUUUGAGAAAACUUUUCUGAUGAUGCACUGGGAAAAUCAGUUUGAUUCCAAAUAAGUUAUUAAAAGUAUAAAAUACAAUACAUAGAAUUAAAAGCCUAGACUACCUAAAUCAGGAUUUUGUUUUUGUUUAUUUUUAGGGUAGAGGCAUAAAGUUUCAAAUGCAACUAUUCUAGACCUUUACUGCUGGAGGAGGAGCCCUGGUGAUGAAGUGGUUAAGAGCUCUGCUGCUAACCAAAAGAUCGGCAGUUCAGAUCCACCAGCUGCUUCUUGGAAACCCUAUAGGGCAGCUCUACUCAGUUCUCUAAGGUUGCUAUGAGUCACAAUCAACUCAAUGGUAACGGGUUUUGUUUUGUUUUGGGUUUUAUUGCUAAAAACCAAACCCAGUGCCGUCGAGUCGAUUCCGACUCAUAGCGACCCUAUAGGACAGAGUAGGAUUGCCCCAUAGAGUUUCCGAGGAGCGCCUGGUGGAUUUGAACUGCUGACCCUUGGGUUAGCAGCUGUAGCACUUAACCACUAUGCCACCAGGGUUUCCUUUAUUGCUAAAGGAAACCUUAAAGAUCACCCCACCAAUAUCUUUAUUGUAUAAAUCUCUAUAACUUUUUAAGCAUGCAGAUAACUUUUUUAUUCUUUUUUGGUUUUACAAACAUUUUAUUCUCUAUCGAAGUUGUAUUUUUUCCCAAGAGUAUUAUGACUUUUACCUGCAAUUUAGGAGAUAUAAAACUUAAAACAUAUGUAAAUAGUACUUUGUGGUUCUAACGAGGAGCCAUGGUGGUACAGUGGUUAAGCACUCAGCUUAAAAAAGUCAGUGGUUCAGGCCCACCAGGCGCUGUGCAGGAGAAAGAUGUGGCAGUCUGCUUCCAUAAAGAUUACAGUCUUGGAAACCCUACCGGGCCGUUCUGUUCUGUCCUAUAGGGUCGUUAUGAGUCAGAAUCUACUCAGUGGCAAUGGGGUUAUGGUUCUAACUUUUACAUAGUUUAAUUUGAUCCUUCCAGCAGCUCUGUUAAGGUAGAUAUGAGCUGGCCUGCCUGCUUUUGUCUUUUUCUCCUUCUGUCCUUUCAUUCAUCCAUCCACCUAUCAAUUCUUCCACGUAAUGCCAAGCACAUAUGAAUUUAACAACUGGUUCUUUAAUGAAUAAAUAUUUCAAGAGUUAGAAUAAAUUCUGUGUUUUUUUUUCUUUUAUUUUGCUUUAGGUGAAAGUUUACAAAUCUAAGUCACCCUCAUACAAAAAGUUACAUACAGCUUGCUGUGUAUUCCUAGCUGCUCUCCUCCUAAUGAGACAGCACAUUCCUCCUCUCCACCCUGUAUUCCCCGUGUCUAUUCAACCAGCUCCUGUCCCCCUUUUCUCGUCUUGCCACCAGACAGGAGUUGCCCACAUGGACUCAAGUGUCCACUUCAGCCAAGAAGCUCACUCAUUGCCAGGAUCAUUGUCUAUCUUACAGUCCAGUCCAAUCCCUGUCUGUAGAGUUGGCUUUGGGAAUGGUUCCAAUCUUGGGCUAACAAAGGGUCCGGGGACCAUGACUGUCAGGGUCCCUCCAGACUCCAUCAGACCAUUAAGCCUGGUCUUUUUAUGAGAAUUUGAGAUCUGCAUCCCACUGUUCUCCUGCUCCAUCAGGGAUUCUCUGUUGCGUUCCUUAUCAGGGCAGUGAUCAGUGGUAGCUGGGCACCAUCUAGUUCUUCCGGUCUCAGGCUGAUGGAGUCUCUGGUUUAUAUGGCCCUUUCUGUCCCUUGGGCUCAUCUUUACCAUAUGUCUUUGGUGUUCUUCAUUCUCCUUUGCUCCAGGUAGGUUAAGACCAAUUGGUGCAUCUUAGGUGGCUGCGUGCUAGUGUUUAAGACCCCAGACACCUCUCACCACAGUGGGAUGCAGAACAUUUUCUCAAUACAUUUUGUUAUGCCAGUUGACCUAGGUGUCCCCUGAAACUAUGGUCCCCAGGCCCCCGCCCCUGCUACUCUGGCCUUCGAAGCGUUUGGUCGUAUUCAGGAAACUUCCUUGCUUUUGGUUUAGUGCAAUUGUACUGACUUCCCGUGUGUGUUGCCCUUCCCUUCACCUAAAAUAAUUUGUCUACUAUCUAGUUAGUGAAUAUCCCUUUCCCUCCCUCCCCACCCUCGUAACCAUCAAAGAAUAUUUUCUUCUGUGUUUAAACUCUUACCUAGAGUUCUUAUAAUGGUGGUCUCAUACUAUGUUUGUCCUUUUGCAAAUGCCUAAUUUCACUCAGCAUAAUUUCUUCCAGAUUCUUCCAUGUUAUGAAUUGUUUCACAGAUGUAUUGUUGUUCUUAAUCAUUGCAUAGUAUUCCAUUGUGUGAAUAUACCAUAAUUUAUUUAUCCAUUCAUCUGUUGAUGGGCACGUUGGUUGCUUCCAUCUUUUUGCUAUUGUAAACAGUGCUGCAGUGAAUAUGGGUGUGCAUGUAUCUGUUUGUGUGAAGGCUCUUAUUUUUUAGGGCGUAUUCCAAGGAGUGGAAUUGCUGGGUCGUAUGGUAGUUCUAUUUCCAGUUUUUAAAGAAGCACCAAAUCAAUUUCCAAAGUGGUUGUACCAUUUUACAUUCACACCAGCAGUGUAUAAGUGUUCCAGUCUCUAUACAACCUCUCCAACGUUUAUUAUUUUGUGUUUUUUUGGAUUAAUACCAGCCUUGUUGGAGUGAGAUGGAAUCUCAUUGUCAUUUUGAUUUGCAUUUCUCUAAUGGCUAAUGAUAGUGAGCAUUUCAUCAUGUAUCUGUUAGUAGCGUGAAUGUUGUCUUUGGUGAAGUGCCUAUUCAUAUCCUUUGCCCAUUUUUUAAAUGGUUUAUUUGUCUUUUUGUAGUUGAGUUUUUGCUGUAUCAUGUAGAUUUUAGAGAUCAGACACUGAUUGGAAAUGUCAUAGCUAAAAAUUUUUCCUAGUCUGUAAGUAAUCUUUUUACUCUUCUGGUGAGAUCUUUGGAUGAGCAUAGGUGUUUGACUUUUAGGAGUUCCCAGUUACCUAAUUUCUCUUCUGGAGUUUGUACAUCGUUAGUAAUGUUUUGUAUACUGUGUAUGCCAUGUAUUAGGGCUCCUAGCGUUGUCCCUGUUUUUUCUUCUGUGAUCUUUAUCAUUUUAGAUUUUACAUUUAGGUCUUUGAUUCAUUUUGAGUUAGUUUUUGUGCAUGGUGUGAAGCAUGGGUCUUGUUUCAUCUUUUAAAUUCUGUUUUUCAAAUGGUCAGAUGAGAAUAGUAUUUGGUCAUAUAUAUGAUGGUGUUUCUUAGCACUUUUUAUUAUUAUAAAAUAAUAUGUAUAAUUUAAUAGUAUCUUAAUGAUUUAUAAAUUAUGUGAAUACCACUUUUUUUCUGAACCUUUUAUGGACUUUUAUUGUUUAUCUGGUUUGGAGCAGUUGAUUUGUCUUUUGAAGAUUUUCAAGCUGUUCCUACUAAUUUAAAAUUUAAUCCUAACAGAUUUAUUUUCAUUUCUUAGAUUAGCUAUUUUUAUUCUCUACCUAAUUAUUGUAUUUUAUUUUUCAUGUUAAUAAUGUUCUUAGUAAAAUGUUUGCAACUAGUUACGAGUUAUAUGUUUAUAAAACAAAAUCAGAUUAAAUGAUUGCUAAAUUUACUGAUCUAGAUUUUGUGGUUUCUGCAUCUUAGAGGAUUUAUUAAAUACUCACUUUAAAUGAACGAUACUGGAAAAAUGGAAAAGGGUAACAUUUACAUAUUUUAUUUUCAAAAUCAAUAAUAGUAGGGUUUCCAUUCUAAUAUAUUGCAUUUUAGGUUUGAGACAUAACGUUGAAAUAUUCUGUUGCUUUAAAAAAAAAUUAUUGAAGUGCAGAAGAGAGGCUGGCUGUUGAUAAUAUGUAUUUUUAGUUAACGUCAGUGCCUAAAUUUACUGUUACUGUUAAAAUUUACAGAACAUUUUGCUCCCUCAGAAAUGAUUUUGGCAUAAAAUAUGUUGACAAGAUUUCAUGUAUUUUUGACCGCAGUAUACUCCUUUGCUGGUUUUCAGUUUUAGUUCACCAUUGACACGGGCCUUUUUGUGCUUCCGCUAUCCAUUUGACUCCCAUUAUAUUGCAGGAGUCCCUAGGUGGUGCAAAUGGUUAGCAUACUUGGCUGCUAACCUAAAGAUUGGUGUUGCAUGUUCAUCCAGAGGUGCCUCGGAAACAAUGGCUGAAGAAAUCAGCCAUUGAAAACCCUAUGGAGCGCAGUUCUACUCUGCCAUACGGGGGUCGCUCUGAAUUGGGGUUGACUUGAGGACAAUUUAUUUUUUUAAUGUUGUAGAAAGAUGUGAGUUUUUAAACAAACCAUUACUUUGAUAGUAAUUUUAUGUUUAGCUUCUUUUAUAAGAUAUAAAAAUUAGUGCUACUAAGAAGACCUUGAGAACUCAUGGAAAUUUGGCCCUACCUACUUUCAAAAUAAAAAAUUAACACAAGGUAAGACAGAAGCCAAGGAGCAGAGGUUGGAGAAUUUAUAUCAAGAGGUCAUAUAAACCAAAGCAAGGAGAAAAACAAUUGGUUACAUAACUCUUUUGGUCUAAUGACAGGAAGUAUACCAGUUCUUCAAGAGAGAAGAUUUUUUUUUUUGUUAUGUAUGUAUGUAUAUAUUUUACUAUGGAAUACUUUGUCAAAGAAAAAAUUACACUGGAAAAAUUAAAACAGGAAAGGAUGACUUUUACUCAAAAAGAAGUUGCAAGGGAGAGGAAGAGAAUAAGGAAAAGGAAGGAAGGAAGGAGGGCUGUAAUGGAAUGGUGAUUACUACAGUGGAGAGAGAGGGAGAUAGCAGAAUUGUGUCUGUACUUCAGUUACUCUGAGACAAAGAACUCUUGAGUUUUUAUAAAAAAUGUUAAAGGAGUACUUAGUGAGUGAUGUACUGAGAUUGUGAUUAGGGACAGUUUGCUAGGAAUAUUUUCUUUAUUUUUUUAUGAUAAAGCCACCUGGAUCUUGGGAAUUGGGGGAAGGGGAAGAGGAGGAGAUAAGGAAUGGGAAACUAAAGUUAUUCAGACAGUAAAUCCUUAAGUUUUGGUCAUUUAUUUGUAGUAUUACCUGUGUUUUUCCAGAAAAUAAAAAGGUGGGAGUAUUUCUUUAACAAAGAGCUCUGUAAAUCUCAAUUUUAUCAAUUUUCAGAACAUUUAAAAUUCGAAAAGUAUGAUAUUCAAUGAAAAGUAAGUUUUCUUUAUCCUCUUGCCCCUUAGUCACUCAGACCCUUUUUUAGGAGGCAGCUAUUAUUACCAGUUUCUUCUGUGACCUCUGGAGCUAUACUAUGUAUUUAAAAUAUAAAUAUACUUUUUCCUUUAACACUCAAAUCUUAAAAAAUAUGUGCACUACUCUGCACCUUGUUUUGUUAAUAAAAUGUCUCAGAGACAUUUCAUGUCAGCACACAUAGGACUUUCUUAAUUUACAAAUUGCUGUGUAAUACUCCAUUUUGCCAAUAUAUUUAAUUGUUUUAUCAAUGGAUAUUUAGGUUAUAUCAAACUUUUUUAAUGAGGAUAUAAGAAAUUCUCACAGGACAUAAGGAUUUAAAAUUUUUAUAAGCGUUGGCAAAUUGUCCUUCGUAGAGACUACAAUUUACACUUCCAGCAGCAAUGUUUGAAAGUGCCUGUUUUUCCACACCUUUGACAACACAGUAUUCUAUCUUUUUUUGCCAAUUUGAGAAUUGUUAAAAAUGACAUCUUUCAAAAUUAAAAGCUUUUGUGUAUCAAAGGACAUUAUUAAGAAAGUGAAAAGACAACCUAUACAAUGGGAGGGAAUAUUUGGAAAUCAUAUAUCUUGUAAGGGUUUAAUACCCAGAGUAUAUAAAGAACUCCCACAGCAGACAUCCCAAUUAAAAUAUGGACAAAGGACUUGAAUAGACAUUUCUCCAAAGAAGAUAUGCAAAUAGACAAUAAGUACAUGAAAAGAUGCUCAGCAUCAUUAGGUAUUUGUUGUUAGCUGCCAUCAAAUUGGCCCCCAACUUGUGGUGACCCCACGCACAAUGGAACUAAACUCUUCUGGUUCUGCGCCAUCCCCAUGAUGGGUUGUGGAUCAGACCAUCGUGAUCCACAGGAUUUUUAUUGGCUGAUUUUCAGAAGUAGAUUGGUAGAUCUUUCUUCCUAGUCUGUCUUCACCUGAAGCUUUGCUAAAACCUGUUCAGCAUCAUAGCAACAUGCAAGCCUCCACUAACAGAAGUGCAUUGGCUGGCCCCAAGAAGAUAAAAUACUUAGGAAUAAAUCUAACCGGAGACAUAAAAGACUUGUACAAAGAAAACUACAAAACACUACUGCAAGAGGCCAAAAGAUACCUACAUAAGUGAAAAAACAUACCACGCCCAUGGAAAGGAAGACUCAACAUUGUGAAAAUGUCAAUAGUACCCAAAGGAAUCUAUACAUACAAUGCAAUCCCAAUCCAAAUUCCAAUGGCGUUUUUUAAUGAGAUGGAGAAAAAAUCACCAAUUUUAUAUCGAAAGGGAAGAGGUCCCAGAUAAGCAUUACUAAAGAAGAACAACAAAGUGGGAGGCCUCACAGUAUCUGAUUUUAGAACCUAUUAUACUGUCACAGUAGUCAAAACAGCCUGGUCCUGGUACAACAGCAGACACGUAGGCCGAUGGAAUAGAAUUGAGAACCCAAACGUAAAUCCAUCCACCUAUGAGCAGCUGAUAUUUGACAAAGACCCAAAGUCUGUUAAAUGGGGAAAAGACAGUCUCUUUAACAAAUGGUGCUGGCAUAACUGGAGAUCCAUCUGUAAAAAAAAAAAAAAUUGAAACAAGACCAAUACCUCACAC